GGCUAGAGGGGCUGAAGCCCCCCCCGAAGAAGUUUUUCUGUUACCAAUACAGCCGGCAUCGUCUUCGCUUCGUUCAGAUCUUUCGCUUGGCGAUAUUGCAAUUUUGUCGGACCCGCCAGCGCCUACGCGUCGGCAGUAAUUAUUGCUUUAUUCUUUUAUCUUUAUGCAUUCCUGGAAUUUGAAUAGCUAAGCUAGUGGAUUUGCGACACGGCACACUGAUACGUGACGGAAAGCAAAAUACGAGCUUUAAAGAAGGAUGGGGAGAGUGGUUGAUAAACAAAUGCCCAGAAAGCCGAAAACUGGGAACAGUUUCAAUGCUGACUGCGAUUUACACUUACACCAGAACCAGUUGGAAUUUUGCAUUGCGAGUGUUGUGUUGUGUUGUGUUUAUGUUGCGUUAAAAAAUGAAGCGAACUAUUUUAGAUUUUUUUAAAUCUACACCUGUCGCCGUCGCCGAACCUCAAGCUGACGCAAAAAAAUGCAAAGUGUCCACAUUUUCUUGUCAACCAGCCCCGUCUAAUCAACCAUUGAUUGCACAGGAAAGGGAAUUUGAUCGCAGCAUCACUGGUAGCCUUCGACUAUUUGACAUAGGAUUUGCAGUUGGGAAAAUCUUGAGUGACGGGGAAAAACUGAAAUUUUUAAGCGAAACAUGGAAUCCUGAUAGUUCGUACGUGUUUCCGUCUCACUUUGAAGGCAAGCAAAAACGAAAAUUCAAGAUUGAGUGGCUAAGCCAGUUCAAAUGGUUAGCCUACAGCGAACAAGAAAAAGGAGCGUUUUGCAAAAUGUGCGUUUUAUUUGCACCUUCUGUGGCAGGAGUUGGUAAUCAUCAGGCUUUGAAAACUUUGGUGAAGGAGCCUCUUUCAAAAUACAAAAAAGCUCUUGAAGUAUUUAACCAUCAUAAGGACACGAGCUACCACGCAUUCUCGGUAGAAAAAGCUUCUAAUUUCAAUAAAAUAGUGAGUUAUGAAGGCUCUUUAAGCAUUGCAGCCCAGCUUGAUAAACAAAAAGCAGCGAUUAUAGAAGCCAACAGAAGGCGUCUUAAACCCAUUGUCAAGACUGUUAUAUUUUGUGCGCACAAUAAUCUGCCAUUGAGGGGUCACAGAGAUGACGGUGAAUUACGGUGCUCAACUGAUUCAACCAAGAUAGUUGGUACCAGUCAAGGAGUUUUCAAAAAUCUGCUGUCGUUUCGUAUCGAUGCGGGAGAUGAAGAUCUCAGGUUUCAUUUAGAAACAUCAAAAAAAAAUUGCACGAUGAUCAGCAAAACUAUCCAGAAUGAAAUUAUUGAGGCGCUUGGUGAUGUUGUGAAGAAAAGCAUUGUGGCCGAUGUGAAAAAAUCUAAGUUUUAUUCCAUUCUUUGCGAUGAAACGACUGACAUAAGCACCAAAGAGCAAAUGACCUUAUGCGUAAGAUACGUUGAUACUGGAAAUUACGUGUUGAAGGAAGAGUUUUUGGGUUUUGUGGAAGUGAAGUCGACAACUGGACGUGAUCUUAAAGAGGUUAUAUGUGCCGAAAUAACGAAAUUGGGACUGUCUAUCGAAAAUCUUCGCGGCCAAGGUUAUGAUGGUGGUAGUAACAUGUCGGGAAAGUUUAAUGGUGUUCAAGCUCUCAUCAAAUCAGAGCAGCCGUUAGCUUUAUAUACACACUGUUUCAGUCAUUCGCUGAAUCUGUGUAUAUCGAAGAGCUGCGAAAUCCCUGCCAUCAGGAACAUGAUGGGAAUACUGGGCUCCGUAUCAACUUUUCUGUCAGCGUCUGCUAAGCGCACUGCUUUGUUGGAAAAAACCAUCCAGGAAUCUGAUCUAAAGGACACACGAAAACGCAAGUUGAAAGCACUUUGUAGUACUCGAUGGGUAGAAAGACACGAGAGUGUUCUCACAUUUCAGCAACUCUUUCAACCCAUUGUAGAUACCCUAGAGCAGUUGGAAAAUGAUCAUGACCCGAAUACUUCAAGCAAAGCAGCAAUGUUUAGCUCUUCAUUAAAACGAAGUGAUUUCAUAGUCUCAAUGGGAGUUGCCGCCUACUGCCUGUCUUUUACACUGAACCUGAGUAAGAACCUACAGAGUGUUGAUCAAGAUCUUUCAACUGCUCUGUCUCACGUUGAUGAUGUUAAAUCAGUACUUCGAGGUAUUAGGGAACGAAGUGAUGAGGAAUUCAAAUCACUGUAUUUACAGGCAAACAAGUUAGCCAGUGAAGUAGGCGCGACCAUUUCUAUGCCAAGGACAUGCAAUCGGCAGACUCAUAGGAGCAAUAUUGGUGCGAAUGCAGAGGAUUAUUACAGAGCUGCUAUUUUUGUACCGUUUGUAGACCAUGUGAUCACCCAACUUCGAGACCGAUUUGAUGGAAUCUGCAGCGUGAUUUCUCUUGAAGGCCUGAUUCCCGAAUAUCUCAGUAAAUAUGACGAUAUGGCAAUAUUAAAAGCCGCUGAGUUCUACGAUCAAGAUAUGCCAGGAUCAAUGUUAGAACUGACCUCUGAAUUGAAAAUGUGGAGGCAGAAAUGGCAAGGACAACAAACGGUGCCGAAAACUGCCAUCGAAGCUCUAAAAGAAUGCGAAGAAAUGUUUUUCCCAAAUAUAAGAGUACUACUUCAGAUAUUUCUAGUUUUACCUGUAACAACAGCAACCGCGGAAAGGAGUUUUUCGGUUUUAAGAAGACUCAAAACAUACCUGCGAAGUACCAUGACUGAAGGGAGGUUGAAUGGAUUAGCCCUCGCGAAUAUUAAUUCGUCACGUCAAAUAGAUGUUGAGGAAGUCAUCAGUACUUUUUGUAAAAUGAAACCCCGACGAUUAGAAAUGUCCAGUUGGGAUUGAUAUUACUCAUUUUGUUUUGUAGUUCAUACGAGAUAAUGUAACGUUACUAAUGUACAAUAAAUACUAAAACUUAUUCAAUGGUGAAGGAAAAUUUCAAGC